UGAUCUUUGAUCGACUGUAAUACUUUUUCUUUGUUAACAACAGCCGUUACUAACAACAAAUACAACAAUAACGAUGGGUUUUACUCGGGCAUUGUGUGCAAUUCGGUUUCCCGCCACGAUUGAUUGGCUGCAAGCAAGACGAUCACAACAACCUUUGGAGCCAUGUCCUGCCGGCAUUACCACAAGGGAGGCGACAGAAAGGAUAGCGGCCGCAAUGGGACCUUCUCAAAGCCAAAUUCAAACAACAGGAAUGGCUUCAACCCAAGGCCAACUUUUUUCAAGCCCAUCUCACGCAAGGAUCACAGCAAGAUGCACCCGCAUUCGGCCUGGACAUGCCGAACGUGGAGCUUAUCUACGGACUUGCGCCGAUCCAGGCUGCUCUGAGGCAAGGGCGCCGCGAGGCCUAUGGGCUUUUUAUUCAGGCUGAAUUCCAGGGCGACAUGCCUCGUCCCCGGUUCGAAGAGGUCAUCAGUUUGGCGGAAAGCAUGGAGAUUCCGAUAAAAAAGGUCUCCAGCCGAGCGAUGUCCGAGGUACUGAACAACUCCGUGCACCAGGGCGUCAUACUCAAGACUGAUAUAUAUGGUCAACAAACUUUUGACAACGGUCAGCAUGAAGUCGUGCUCAAGUCUGGCAAUGUGGUGUACCAGCCGCGGCGCAAAUUCCCGCUGUGGCUCUGUCUCGACGGCAUCCAGGACACACACAACCUGGGAUCGAUCAUCCGCUCAGCCUUGUAUUUUGGCAUUGACGGCUUGCUGCUCGGCGGCGAGGAGUACUGCCGCCCGACCCCCACCGUCUCAAAGACCAGUUCGGGCGCCAUGGAGUGCAUGAACAUACACAGGAUCUUUAAAAUGGACAAAACUGAUGGCUGGUCGAUCAUCUGCACGACUACGCGCACGACCGCUGUUGCAAGAAACAUCUCGAUUGAUGAGCUUCCCGAGCUGGAUUCGCCGACUAUAGUUGUCCUGGGAAGUGAGCAGAGCGGGAUCAGCGGCCCCAUUCUGGAUCUCAGCGAUAUCAAUGUUCAUAUCCCAGAGAGGGCGGACACUCCUGAGUACAUCGACUCGUUGAAUGUCGGCGUUGCUACGGGCGUCGUGCUCUCGGCGCUCAAGAUGCCCAAGGCCUAGAGACAUAGUGACUUGGCUAAAUCAUUUCCACCACAAAGAUAAUCGCGAUUGGUUGGGCUGCAGGGGUGGGGCAGGGAGAAAAAUAAAGAAGCAAAGGAAAAUUUUAUGCAGACUUGUUUACAUUAAAAAUGAACAGAAGGCAGAAAGGAAUCUGUCUCUUUGGUAUACACUAUAAGAAAAUAAUGAGGCUACAAAUAUACUGUUGAGAACCCCUUAGGAGGGC